AUAUUAUUUUAAAUUUCCGAACAACUUAUGUCAGCAAAUCUGGCCAAGUUAUCUUUGAGGCAAGAUCAAUUUGCAUCCACUAUGUCACAACCUGGUUCAUCAUUGAUCUAAUCGCUGCUCUGCCUUUUGAUCUCCUGUACGCUUUCAACGUCACCGUGGUGUCUCUCGUGCAUCUCCUGAAGACUGUCCGGCUGUUGCGUCUUCUGCGUCUGCUGCAGAAAUUGGACCGUUAUUCCCAACAUAGCACAAUCGUCCUGACUCUGCUCAUGUCCAUGUUUGCGCUCCUUGCACACUGGAUGGCAUGUAUCUGGUAUGUCAUUGGAAAAAUGGAGAGGGAAGACAACAGCCUCCUGAAGUGGGAAGUUGGUUGGCUCCAUGAGUUGGGAAAGAGACUCGAAUCUCCAUACUAUAGCAACAAUACCUUGGGGGGCCCAUCGAUCCGAAGUGCCUAUAUUGCCGCUCUGUACUUCACCCUCAGCAGCCUCACCAGCGUUGGGUUUGGGAAUGUCUCUGCCAAUACAGAUGCAGAGAAGAUCUUUUCCAUCUGCACCAUGCUGAUUGGUGCCUUGAUGCAUGCCAUGGUAUUUGGAAACGUGACGGCGAUCAUACAGAGGAUGUACUCCAGAUGGUCCCUCUAUCACACUAGAACUAAGGAUCUGAAGGACUUCAUCCGUGUCCAUCACCUGCCCCAGCAGCUCAAACAGAGGAUGCUGGAAUAUUUUCAAACAACUUGGUCAGUCAACAAUGGAAUCGAUUCAAAUGAGGUAACGUUCAUUUCUCAUAUUGGCAUUUUCAGGCAGGAAGUACAUAUUCUAAGGUAAAAGCAAGAUACUCUAAUGCAGGUUUCAAAAUAUCUUCUGCGUCAAGGGGAUGCUUUGCAGGCCAUCUACUUUGUAUGCUCGGGCUCCAUGGAAGUUCUUAAAGACAGCAUGGUGCUGGCUAUUCUUGGGAAAGGGGAUUUAAUUGGAGCAAAUCUAUCAAUUAAGGACCAAGUGAUCAAGACCAAUGCCGAUGUGAAGGCUUUAACCUACUGUGAUCUCCAGUGCAUCAUCCUCAAAGGACUCUUUGAAGUGCUAGACCUUUACCCAGAAUAUGCUCACAAAUUUGUGGAAGACAUUCAGCAUGACCUCACAUACAACCUUCGAGAAGGACAUGAGAGUGAUGUAAGUCUCAUUUCUAAUUACUGCUGA